UAUUGAACAAUAACUAUUUGAAUUUGAACAAAAUGGAGCUAAACGCACAUGAUAUCCGCGAAGUCUUCACGGAGAUCCUUCAGUGUUCUGAAGAUCCAGAUUUAGAAACAAUCAAUCUUAGAGAUUUUAAGAAAUUAAUCGAGGGGUAUGGCAUUGAGCUGUAUAAAGGAGUUGAGCUGACGGAUGAGGACUUUCAUGAAUGAUGCCGUCAAUUAUUUAGCCAGCUCUGCCAGAAGAAUAAUAGUAGGCUUGAGGUUACUGGGGCUAGUUCGAGAAAAAAUCGAUUUAAAAGUCCUUCAAGAGAGCUUUCAAAUACUUUAAAAUUCUCAACUUGGAAAAGUAAGAAUAUAUCUUCCUCCCUGGGGAGGAAAGAGUGGGUAAAAUCAGGGAAGUCUUCCGCCAAUAAGAGUCCCAAAAACCAGACAUUAACUUCAUUAAAGAAAUUAAGAGAUGAUAAGAAGAAGGCUAAGCAUUCUUCACCACCGAAAGAACUUGAGGAGCCUAAAGAAAUCGAGCAUAUAAUUGUUGAAGAAGAAAGGCUCGAUUUUGACACUUUUAAGGCGAAUUACACAGAACUAGCUACUGUACGGACACUUGUCCAAGCAAUUCAUGAAAGAGUCGAGAAGAAUAAGAAGAAAUAAAUAUGAUACUCUACAGUAUCCUAAACAUAUCCUAAUUGAUCUCGAAAAGCCUGCAGGUAAGGAAAAUAUGGACUCAACAGAGGAACUAAAUGAUGUUGAUGAAUAUAAAAAUGAAAUAAGAGCCCAAACUGGGAGAUCGAUUCAAUUUAAAACUAAGAAUGACAUUUAUGUUCAGAACCCAAUAAUUCGUAAAGAUCCAAAAGCUCGUAAGAAAUGGGAUAAAAAGGAGCCUUUUGGUGUACAACAAAACUCUUCCUCAGAAGAUAUGGAUGAUCUCUAUAUGCUUCAGAAGAAGAUACAGAUUAUACAGGAAGCUGAGGAUGAUUCAGAGAGCAUCCAGUUCCCUCCUCAACAAACUAGGGGACCUAUGGAUUACCACGUUGAGGAGACCUCAGAAAGGAGAAAAAUAAUCUUGAAAACUCCUCAAAAGCAUGAUGAAAACAGUCAGGACAUAGAAGAAGUUUUUAACUCUGCGAGUAAAACUAGAUUUGUAAUAAUAAACGAUGAUGAUCAAAAUAAUGCUGUUCCUCAUGUUGCAGAAACCCCAGUGAGGCUGAAUGACAUUAACUUUAAAGAACAAGAGUCUGAAGAGAGUGGGGAAGAAUACAGUAAGCAGUCUCACCAAGAGUCAAGCACUACCCCGAAGAACUUGAAUAGUGACCACACUCCUAUAAGUAGCAAGAAGGCUAAGAAAAGUAAGAAAAACAAGAAACAGAAAAAAGAGAAAAAAGAGAAGAAGGAGAAGAAAAAGAAGGAUAAAAAGAAGGAGAAGAAGGAAAAGAAGGAAAAGAAGAAAAAGACAAAAACCUCUAAAACAGCAGAUAAAUACUUGAUAAAAACAGACGAUCCAGAGCCAGAUCCUAGUGUUCAAGUAGAACAGGCUGUUCCAAGUCAAUCCCAGAAUGAUGAAGUUAUCGAACAGUCUUCUCAACUUUCAAAGAAGGUACUAAUAAAAGAUCGGAAGAAUAAGAAAAAGCAGGCUGGUUGUUGAGGUGCUCCUGGCUGUGUGAUAUUUUAAGAUUAAGGCUCCUUAAACCAUCUGGUUGUUUCAUAACCCCUUGCUUAAAGGUGUGCAAGAUCCUCACUGGAUCCUUUCUCUUUACCAU